AUGGGCGGUGUAGCUAAGAUGACAGCCGCAGGGCUCUGCUGGUUACUGCUAGGCGUGGUGUUAGCCUUUGGAGUUGCUGCAGCUAGCCCGGAGACUCACUACUACUUCGUCAUAAAGGAGACGAAGGUCACCCGGCUGUGCCACGAGAAGACCAUCCUGGCCGUGAACGGGCAGUUCCCCGGGCCGACCAUCUACGCGUGCAAGGGCGACGUGGUGGUGGUGAACGUGUGCAACCAGGGCAGCAAGAACAUCACCCUCCACUGGCACGGCGUGGACCAGCCGCGGAACCCAUGUGACUACGACCGCGCCAUCGUGCACGGCGCCAUCGUCAUCAGCCCCAAGGAUGGCUCCGCCUACCCCUACCCCACGCCGCACGGGGAGGUGCCCAUCAUCCUCGGCGAGUGGCAGUGGCGAAUAUAG